GCACCCACCAAAACAAAUAAUUAUAGCACUAACCAUUCCUUUAAUCUCCUGCCCUCCAAAACCAGCCGGGAUCCUCAGGCUCACAUUUCCAUGUCCUCCAUCUCUGUCUCUCUUCUCUGAGCUCGCUACUUGUUGGCAUGGAGACAAACAAGCCGCCGCAGCAGAAGAAGAAGAAGUGGUUUCUCGCACUGGGCUUCGCUCUUCUAUUGUCCACCUUACUCGUCUUCCUCACUGUUUUUACUUCCUCCAACGCCUCCACUCAGCUGUACCACCAGAGCCAUGUCAAGAAGCAGCCCCCGGACUUCGUGGAAUCGAAGAUGGGGGUGUCCGCGGCGAAUUCGAUGGAUUCAGUCCCGAGGCUGGCGUACUUAAUCUCCGGCUCAAUGGGCGAUGGGCAGAGCCUGAAGAGGACGCUCAAGGCGCUGUACCAUCCGCGGAACCAGUACGUGGUGCACCUGGACCUGAAGGCCUCGCCGGAGGAGCGGCUGGAGCUGGCGGCCUUUGUCAGGAACGAGCCGCUGUUUAAGGCUCUCGGGAAUGUGCGGAUGGUCGUGAGAGCCAAUUUGGUUACGUACAGGGGGCCCACGAUGGUGAGCAAUACGCUUCAAGCGGCGGCCAUUUUGUUGAGGGAUGGCGGAAAAUGGGAUUGGUUUAUUAACCUGAGUGCUUCGGAUUAUCCCCUGGUGACCCAAGAUGAUUUGCUUCAUACACUGUCAGCUAUUCCAAGAAACCUUAAUUUUAUUGAGCAUACAAGUGACAUUGGCUGGAAGGAGUAUCAGAGAGCCAAGCCUAUUAUAAUUGAUCCGGGUUUCUAUAGCCUGCAUGAAUCAGAUGUUUUUUGGGUGUCAGAGCAAAGAACCGUGCCAACUGCAUAUAGGCUAUUUACAGGUUCUGCUUGGAUGAUGCUCUCUCGCCCUUUUGUAGAAUUUUGUUUAUGGGGAUGGGACAACCUUCCAAGAAUAGUCCUUAUGUAUUAUGCCAACUUUCUUUCUUCUCCUGAAGGGUAUUUCCAUACAGUCAUCUGCAAUGCCCCAGAGUUCCGGAACACUACAGUAAACCAUGAUCUGCACUACAUAUCGUGGGACAAUCCCCCGAAACAACACCCGCAUUUUCUCUCAGGUGAUGACUAUAAGAGGAUGGUAGACAGCAAUGCCCCCUUCGCCAGGAAAUUUGGCAGCGAUGAUGCUGUUCUUGAGAAGAUUGAUUCUGAGCUUUUGGGCUGCAAUGCUGAUGGAUUUGUGCGUGGUGGAUGGUUUAAUUAUCAAGAAAAUGCAAACCUGACUGUCCCACAUCAGGAAAUAGCAAACACAACUGAACUCAGGCCAGGUCCAGGUGCUGAAAGGGUCAAACGCCUUAUCACUGGUUUGUUAUCAGCUGAGGAUUUUCAUGAGAAUCAAUGCGCUUGACACCAAAAGUCCUGCAAGGCCACUGCUGAAAGAUGCCAUCUUAUACCAAGUAACAAAUGGGGGAAUUAUUGCUCAGUUCAACUAAUAAUAGAGGCUGCUAACAGAAUGGUUAGCAAUUCUUUGGGAACUAUGUGGGGUAGGAAAAUAACUGCCUUUCCUGAAUGCAUUAUUCAGUUUUACCUUCUAUAUCCAAUACGAUCAUUUUUUAGCUCAAUAGCCCACAGUGUAGUUUAAUAUAUAACUUGGAUCGCAUAUUAAUUAAAUGUUAUUGAAUCACGUUUCUUCA